AUUAGAGAAUAUGGAAAAGGGGAGGCGCACGAGGAAGUCAACCUGACACAAAAGAGACUCCCUCCCCUCUUAAUAAAUUCCAAAUUCUUUCGUGAAAGCGUUUUUAACCCAUUCGUUGCGUUUCUUCUGCAUUGACCGUCGGAUCGCCUCGUCCUUACGCGAAUUCACAACAAUGACUCGUGGAAGUCAGAGAGAGCGUGACCGUGAAAGAGCUGCAGCUCGUGCUGGAGGAAAGGGAAAGAAUGCUGACGACGGGUUGACGCCUGAGCAACGCCGUGAAAGAGAUGGAAAAGCAUUGCAAGAGAAGGCAGCAAAGAAGGCUGCUCAAGCUGCAGCCGCUGCAGCUUCUGGUGGAAGCAAAGGAACUGCUAAGAAAUGAUCCUUUUCGUUUCUCCUUUGGGCUUAUUUGUAGACUUAUUACAUUUUUCUUUAUUUCUCUCAAAAUGUGGGUUAACUUAGACUUGAGCUUUGCUCUCGUCUGAAUCCGAACUAUACUGUCUUUCGUGUUGAAAAUUGCAACUGUGGUACCUUAUUUGAUCUUUAUAUGAUUGGUUAUAAAGUAUAAUUACAAAUUUAA